UUGGUUAGAUGUUGGACUGUAACUAAAUUUUUUCAUUUAGGUGGAACAAAAUGGGGUGAUCGUGGUCAUUACGUCUUACCGACCGUUCUUGCAGAAGUGGAUCAUCGUAUGGCUAUUGCCAGGGAAGAGAUUAUUGGGCCGGUCAAGAAAUUGAUACGUUUUGAGUCGAUGGAGGAUCUGCUCAAAAAGUCCAGCGUCGCCCAGAACGCCCCACCUGCCGCCGUAAUCACGAAAGAUGCCGAUAACGCUAAACAUAUCGCCCAGAAGACGUCAUCUGGAUCAAUAUGGGUGAACGGCGAAAGUCGAGGUAAAAGUGGUACUGUCAUGGACACGAAUAAAUAUUUAGAUUCUACUUCGGCUGGACGCAAUCUAUUCGAUGGUGAUGAUAGCCCGGAUCUGCUCAAGCGACUGGAAGCACAGGAAAGUCUUCCUUCUUACAUUAAGCUGUUGAUUGGUGUCCUGAUUGAAACUAAAAAAGAGAUUUCUGAUCUAAGUCGUCUCUGUGAUUCCAUCCUCGCCGAGAAUAAAGUUCUUCGAGAGGAGAACGAAUCUUUGAAGUCCCAACUAAACAUUUUGUUACCAUCUCCAGGUGUGAGCGCCUCAAAAGAAUUUAGUUCCAGUUCCUCUCAAACGCAGAACGCGGAUUCGAGUUCAUCAAAAAUCGAUCCUGAUAUGAGUCGUUCGAUUGUGGUCUCGGGCGUUCCAGAAGGUCAGUCGCCCAACUCGGUCGAUAGAGCACAACAUGAUCUGCAUUGUGUACUCGCUCUUCUCAACUUCUUAGGUGUGGAAUGCUUACCUCCUCUUGUUUUUCGCAUGGGUGUCAGGAACAGUUCUCGUCCAAGAUUACUUAAGGUCAUUCUUCCAAAUGAUAGGUUUCAGAAAGAAGUGAUUAGGCUAGCUCCUCGCUUACGUUUUUUUCCUCUCAUAAGGUCUACUUCGGGGCCCUCGCUUGACUUCAGAGAGAGAAAUGCGCAGACCAGAACCUCGGGUGCGAUUGUUUUCAAAAAGUCCCUUAAAGAGGCAUAUGAAAUACUUGUUGUAAACUUGUUAAUAUUAGUGUAUAGAACCCCACUUUGCAAUGCUCAUGACUCUAGCCUUUUACUGAAGGUUAUAAGUGACUUUAGCUGUUAUGAGGCACCCUGCCUACUGGUAGGGGAUUUUAAUCUUGCCGAUGUGGAUUGGAACUCGGUCAACUGUAGCGCUGGUUGUUGCGCCGUAACUAAAGAAUUUGUGGACAUGUUUUAUUCCCAUAAUUUUGUACAGUAUGUAAAAAGCCCCACACGUGGCUCCUCGUAUCUCGAUCUGAUCUUUUGCAACGAUGUCGCGUUGAUCGGGGAGGUUGAAGUACUGCCCCCCAUUGGCAGCAGUGAUCAUGCAUCCGCUGAAUUCACUCUCAACGUUAGUCCACCCACCGUUACUCAGCGAAAAUGGGAAACAUUGACUGGGUUGGUUCCUUCUCUACGG